AUGUGGCAGUUCCACCACAUAGACUCACAAUUUGGCAGCCUUUUUAGAGAUGCAACACCACCACCACCACCAUCACCACAGCGAGAGGGAUGGACGCUUUUGAUCAAAGUCGACUACGCCCUGAGGCUCACCAAAAACAGCCACAAAAACAGCCGUUUCCUCUUGCUCGGAUCUUCGGAGAGCGACACGCCAGAGCAAACUCCUGGGGACACUCCGAGCCCGCAGAACCCCUCUGGAUGCCAGCAGCCACCUCCAGCGCGGCUCGGCUUUGAGAGAAUUGCCCGCAACCAGGGUCUGCAGAGCGUUCUGAAGGCUGGGACCCAACAGCAAGGCUGCGGGAGCAGCGUGGGACCUUGCGUCCUUCCGCAAAUAGAGACUGGCAGCAAGCUGACAGUCAGAUAUGACUGUCCAAAACUGGUAGCCACAGCCGUGUUGGUAGCCCUGGUCUCACUGAUCCUUAACAACGCAGCUGCCUUUACUCCCAACUGGUGUACCAGACCCUGGAGGGACGGCGCAAGCGCAGCGUGGGGGCUCUGGAAGAUGUGCUGGCUGGCAGAAAGGAGCAGAGGAGGUGCGAGCACGAGUGCCAGGCAUGGGCAAGGGGAGGAGCGCGAGUGUGAAACCCUGGGCUGGGGUUCAGAGUCAGCUGGGUUCCAGGAGUCACGCAGCACUGUCAAACUGCAGUUUGACAUGAUGCGUGCCUGUAACCUCAUCGCCACGGUUGCUCUGACUGCUGGCCAGCUCAUCUUCGUCCUGGGCCUGAUGGAGCUACCCAUCAUUUCUCAGGAUACACAGUGGUGGGAGGAGGCCAUAGCUGCUGUCUUUCAACUUGCCAGUUUUGUUCUGGUCAUUGGACUGGUGACUUUCUACCGCAUCGGACCCUACACCAACCUCUCUUGGUCUUGCUAUCUGAACAUUGGAGCCUGUCUUUUGGCCACCUUGGCAGCUGCUAUUCUCAUAUGGAACAUCCUUCACAGGCGUGAGGACUGCAUGGCACCCCGGGUCAUCGUCAUCAGCCGUACCCUGACUGCUCGCUUUCGCCGUGGCCUGGAAAAUGACUACGUGGAGUCACCGUGCUGAAAGAGUGGACUGGAAAGGGGAAAGAUCUCCAAGGGGAUCUGCAUUACAGUUGUUUUCUAUAAAUAUAUGCUAUAAUUUAAAAGUAAGGGUUGAAAGACAUCACAAAGCUCACUCUUGUGCGCAAAGGCCCUCAGCUACUAUUUGGAUGGGCUCCAUCUAUAUAUAUAUAUAUGUAUAAAACACAUAAUUUUAUAUAUAUUAUAUUAAAUUGCCCUUUCCCUCUGCUGUACAGCACAGAAUGUUGGAUUGUCAGAAUCCUGACAGAGUUUCACAGCUACAUGUCAGCAGGGUCAGCUGUAGCAGACACAAAGUCUAUGCAAUGAGAACACAGGAAAGAGGCAACCAAGUACCCUUUCUGUCUGUGUAAAGUUAUUCUGCUCCUUAAUAAUAAUGUCAAAACCUAUAGGAGACCAGUGACAACAGCUUUGGAGUUAACUGCCAAGCUAGGAAUGCAGAAAACUCACAAUAGAAUAAGUGAUGAUUUUAACAACUGUUUAAUUUCACAGUUCUUUCCAUCCACCUCUCUCCAAGGAGCUUUUCGUUAGCUGCAAUAUCUGCUCCCCAGCCACAGCAUAGCCCAGACAGUAAAAAACAAAAGCAACCUUAACCAGACUAACUGUAAAGGAGUGCAGAAGAAUAAAGCUGCAUUUUUUCAGACACUUUUGUAUCCUGAGACAAAGGUUGGAUUUACCUUAGAUGCAAGCAGGCAUGGCAUGAAAAAUCAGAAGGGUAUGCAGCUAGAGCAGGCCACGCACGUUGCUGACAAGUCUACUCCAGUGUCUCAAUGAGGGCAGGUAUCUACAGAAGGUCUCCUGGACUUCCUAAUCAUCACAGAUACUAUCAAUAUGCAGUGUUGGGAAUUAUUAUUACAACUCAAAAAUCAAUUCCUUUUCUUCCCAGCUUGCCUUAUUUAACAUUUGCUGUGACUGACAGAUCAUAGUGCUGUAUGUCAGGACACUCAGCUCUGCCCAGCCGCGCUCAGAGGCACAGAGCACACUGAGCAUUGGCAAACGUAGCUGCCACUCAGACACUCACAUCUGAGAAUAAGGCACAUACAGAGCACUUAAGCAUGAGACUGAAAAAAGACCUGCCUGGUAACUUAAUAUGGCAAUGAAGUGACAAUUAGUACCUUUGGAGUUAGACAAAAUGUUUCUAAGCCUAACCCUGAGAAGCACAGGGGCUCACAAAUCACAGAACUUUGGAGGUUGGAAGGGACCUCCUGAGAUCCUUGAAUCCAACCUCCCUGCCAAGGCAGGAUCAUCUAAGGUAGUUCACACGGGAAUGCAUCCAGGUGGGUGCUGAAAGUCUCCAGAGGAGGAGACUCCACAACCUCUCUGGACAGCCUGUUCCAGUGCUCUGUUGCCCUCAUGAAAGUCAUGUACGUGGCAAGUUCAGAAUGAAAAAAAAAGGUCAAAAACUUAUUAUGUGAAAUACACAGGAUACAGGAAGUUUAGGCACAAUCAGAUGUUCCUAAACUCUGAGGAUGUUACUGCAAGCACAGUUACUGAUGGGUUUGAAGGACCACGAGCUGUGAAGGUCACAGAUCCUUUGGGACUGUUGUGUUGCUCCCAGCUGAGUGCACUGCUUUUCUCCUUCAUCACCAUUUCCAGCAUACUUGGUUAAAAUGUGAUCACCAAGCUGGCUCUUCAGUUCUGUCCUGCACUCAGUUCUGAUGUGAUAAGAAACUCAACCCCAACUGCUGCUCUGCACAGUGUUCCAAGUGAGCAAGGCCCUGCAGAGACUGAUGUUCUAGAACAACUGCAUUGCUCUAGACCAUCAGGGUAUUAGACCGGAAAGCCGACAAAGAGUUUCUUCUAGCAGUAGGUUUGUAAAAACCAACUAAGAUUUGUAUUCAUUUUGCCUGCAUUGCUUUCUGGGAAACAUUUUCUAGAAAUAAUAUGCUAUGAUUAAUGGCAGGGUUUGUUGUUGUUGUUGUUUUUUAAAUAAACUAUUGGACUAUUUAAGAGACAUGAUAUUAUUUCUUCUAAUAUUGCAAUAUCCAUAUCAUAAUAAUGGACAUUUACAGUUUAAAAAUCAGCUAUGUGGUCAGCCAAUUUGUAAUACUCACUCAGUAUUACUGUGAUUACUUUAGAUUUAUAAAUAAAGGUGUGAAUGUUCAUUUUCUUCUAGUGAUAA